AAUGUCUAUUUUGAUAAUACUAAUUAUUCCGGUCUAUUUAUGGGAAACCAGAUUGAGGAAUAAAUAAAACCCCCUCUCCACUCACUUAGUCCACACACCUUUUUUUUUUUCUUAUGAAAUAAAAACUCCCUGGAGCCGUCCCUAUUUUUCUUACUCUUUCCUUUUCUUACUCUUUUUUCUUAUAUACACAUAAUAUUCUUCUAAAUGAGUACGAUUAGUCUAGAGAAUGCGCUUAGUCCUAAACCUCAACCUACCUCACGCGCUCCUUCACCAGUUCCUUCAGCAGUUUACAAUGAAAGCAUGAAUGGGUCAUCUCCAAGAUUACCCCAACCACGUCGUUCCAGUUUCUCAACCGAAGCCGAAUAUGAAGAUAAACCCUUAACCACCCAAAGAUCGUAUCCACACCUUGGAAAAAAGAAUCGCAAACAAAAGUUGUCCAGAAGAGGAUCUGAUGCUACCGAUGGUUCAGAAGGGAGCUUUGCCGCUGCAGAUUCAAUUGCAUUAGCUACUCCUCGAUUGUUAGCCAAUGAUAAAAGAAAUAACGAUUUUCAUACAUUAUUUAGAAGUGUUCCGGACGGAGAAAGAUUAAUUGAUGAUUAUGGUUGUGCACUACAGAAAGAAAUCUUAUUACAAGGCAGAGUCUAUAUUUCCGAGCAUCACCUUUGUUUCAAUGCAAAUAUCUUUGGAUGGAUCACAAAUUUGGUCAUCGCAUUUGCAGACAUUGAGGAUAUUGAAAAGAGAACAACUGCUAUUUUUAUUCCAAAUGCAAUCUUAUUAACUACAUGCUCUUCAAAACAUUUCCUAGCUUCAUUUCUUUCCCGUGAUCAAGCAUAUGAUCAAAUGGUAGAACUUUGGAAAGCUUCUCGUGCAAGUGUCGUGCAAGUCAGUGAUAAAUACAAUGAUGACGUUGCUUAUUCAGAAGAUGACGAGAGUGUUACUUCCUCUUCAGGUUAUUCAUACUCUGAAGAAGAAGAAACUAAGGACUUUGCCAAGCAAAAUCAACUUGAUGAUAAACCAUCCUUUCAAGAUCGACAAAGUUCACUUGCUUCAUUACCACUCCCAAAGCAUAUGGCAGAUGAAGCGGCCAGACGCCGGGCGGUUUCAGAAGCAGGUCCUCGUCCAAAUAUGCAGGAAUUCAUCAAGAACAAGGAACCACCUGCCACAGAUUCGACCACCACCCCCAAUCCUGAAAAUCGAGACGUGGCACAAAUCAAAGAUAAGACGGACUGUGAAUGCAGUAAAAAUGCUCAGCAUUUUCCAACUACCGUAAUGGACAAAAAAUACGAUACCACAAUCGAAACCAUGUAUAAUUUGUUAUAUAACAGUUCAUUCAUGAAUAAAUUUCUUUGUGAGGUCGAAAAGAGCACAGAGGUGUGCAUUGGCCAAUGGAGUAAAAAUAACGAUUGUGUGCAUUCUCGUGAAUCGUCCUAUAUUAAAUAUCUAGGUGGUUCUAUCGGUCCUAAAUCUACAAAAUGUUACUUAAAGGAAGAUGUACUUCACUUGGAUCCAAAAGAUUACGUCUGUCAAUUGACGGUGACUCAAACACCGGAUGUGCCUUCCGGCGGCUCCUUUAGUGUUAAAACCAAGACUUGUAUUUCAUGGUGUGGUCAAGGUCAAGUUCGAGUGCUGGUCACUGUUCUUGUUGACUUUACAAAAUCAUCCUGGUUAAAAUCUACUAUCGAAAAGGCUACAAUAGAUGGACAACAAAAUUUCUACAAAAGUCUAGAUGCAGCAGUGCGCAAGUAUCUUGACCAGCAUACGGGAGAAGCUAAACCACGAAAGAAAGGAGGCAAGCGUAGACAUCACAAACGUAGCGAAAAAGAAAUUUUGGAGGUCAUACCUGAGCCACCCAAAAAUCAUUUUAUUAUUGAAGCAUUAUGUAGUGUAUUAAACUGGUUCAUUGAUAAUGCCAGUAUGCCUAGUAACUCGCAAUUGACCGCAAUCUGUAUGGGACUCAUGUUAGUAACCAAUAUCUACAUCGCUACAAAAAUGUCUGGCGUAGAUAAGCAAUUAUCACAAUUGGGUCACCACCACCAAAAGACCGUAUAUCAUUAUGACGAACAAGAGAAUAAUUCACUUUGGAAGCUCCUGAGUAAACUUGAUCCAGACGCCAGAAAAGAAGACUUGAAGUUUGUUCAACAGAACAGGGAGCCUUUGACUGACUCGGUCAAGUAUCAAAACCAUAACAACCAAGAUGAAGCCUUUGAUGAACAUCUCCAAUACUCUCAAAUGGCCAAAAACAAACUUGACCGACAAAUGAUGGAACUUGAGAAAAUGAUUCAAAAAGCUGGUCAAAGUAUGGAGCAGGUCACUCAAGUAGUUCAAAGCCAAAGAAAAAGAAUCAUGAAGCCAUAAUAACAUUUGUAGCACAUCGGAUUAAUUGUUCAUCCUUACCUC